GGCAGUAAAGGCGGGGUAGGAACUAUUGCGUUCCGAGUAUUACCCCCCCUCCCCACGGCAUUUUCCUCUCACAUAUCAGAGACGUUUCCCAGAGGAUUUUGACCAUUUUGGUUUUACCUUCAUCUCCAUGUUUUGCAUCUGCUUCCAAUGCCACUUUAAAGACUCGGGGUCCCUCCUGGGAGUCCAUUUUUCUCCUGAAAAUACUGUUAAUCACCAGCAAACCCAAAGGGAUGGAAAUCAGAUCACUUAUGUUCUGUUUCUUGCAAGUCAGAGUUACCUUGCCCUUCACUUUCCCUUCCUCUGGGGGUAACAGCCUCUGGUACUUUCUGUACAACAGGGAAUGUUCUUACUAUACAUUUGCCUUGCCCCAGGGGCAGUCUAUGUGGCCUAUAACUAACAGGGGGGUGUUAUGCCCAUACUAUAUGCCCCUGGGGGCAGCAGUGGGAUUGGGGCAGUUGUGAAACAGGCUCAGUACAUACAGGAGGUUCAUGGCCUUCACUCAGUCUGUGUUUGGUUUUCUCUCUUAUUGCUGCUAAAUGGACUAGAACCUGUAAGUGUCAUGGCGGCUCGUGAGGAGGUGACAGUGUAUGAAGAUGAGAUCAGGUCUCACUACGGACGCCUUGAGAAAAUGACGGACCUGGUGGCCAUGUGGGAAGUCUCCCUUAGUGAUGGAAUCCAUAAGAUUGAGUUUGAGCAUGGCACAACUUCAGGGAAGCGAGUUGUGUAUGUAGAUGGGAAGGAGAUUAUCCGGAAGGAUUGGAUGUUCAAGUUGGUUGGGAAGGAGACAUUCCCGGUGGGAGCCUCUCAGACGAAGGCCACCAUUAAUAUUGAUGCUGUUAGUGGCUUUGCCUAUGAGUACACACUGGAUAUAAAUGGCAAGAGCCUGAAGAAGUACAUGGAGAAUCGCUCAAAGACCACCAACACAUGGGUGCUUCACCUAGACGGAGAGGACUGCCGGGUUGUGCUGGAGAAGGACACCAUGGACGUUUGGUGCAACGGCAGAAACAUGGAGACAGCGGGUGAGUUUGUGGAUGAUGGCACAGAAACACACUUCAGCAUCGGGAAUCACGAUUGCUGCAUCAAAGCUGUGAGUAGCGGGAAGCGAAGGGAAGGAAUUAUCCACACGCUCAUUGUGGAUGACCGGGAAAUCCCAGAGAGCACAGAGUAACAGACUUUACCCUUGCUGUGUGAGCGGACAGCCAGCAGAGAAAUGUGAUGAACUGUUUUGCAUAAUAAUGACUGUAUCACACCUCUCCCCCAGAAUGCCUGUAGUGCUGUGCUUACUGCAGGUACAGGAAUGAACUGGAUCUAUUCAAAGGGAAGUUGCUCAAUCAGCCAAUAGAUAAAGUAUGUGAAUAAAAGUUCCUCAGUGAUCAUGUGACAUUGUUAUUAGGAAAUUCAAAUAUACUGAGAUCAACUGGGAGAUCAUACAAUAUACCUAUAAUAAAUGUUUUGAUUUUGUA